CUUUUUCAUGUUCUUUCCUUUCUUUUGCUGUUGAUGGAACUAAUUGUAGCAUUGAUUGCUAUGGCUUUUGCUGCAGCAGUUGGUGUGACAUUCUUAGUACUUGGAUGUGCUUUAUAUGAUAACUGGUGGCCAAUGUUUGUGUUAAUUUUCUACUUCCUGUCACCACUACCUACAGUAAUAUCUAAACGUAUGUCUGAUAGUCUGGACACAGCAAGUAGUGCCUGUGUAGAACUUGCAAUAUUCAUAACUACAGGCAUUGUAAUAUCAGCUAUUGGACUUCCCGUUGUAUUGGCACAUGUAAAUACUAUUGACUGGGGAGCAUGUGCUUUGGUGUUAGCUGGUAACCUUGUGGUAUUCCUUACAAUACUGGGAUACUUCUUUGUAUUUGGAAAUGAAGAUCUGGACUAUUCAUCCUGGUGAUGACACAUUGUCAGCCAGCAAGUGGGAUUUUAUUUUAAUGCAAACAAUAUUUAUAUUUUGAAUUAUUGUUCUUGAAAGAUUUUUCAAGAAACUAGAUUGUAUAGAAAUAAAAGUAUAGGUUUCUUGGAAAAUACCGGUUUUUUUUACAUUGUAUUUAUAAUGUUUGGUUCAGUGUUUCCUAAAAUUUUGAAAAGGAUAUGGUUUAAAACAAACAAAGCACCCUUUUUAUAUGCAAAAUUCAUCUUAAGGGCACAUACCAUGGAUACUGUAGUUAUCAUAUGAAAUAUAGCUUUGAUUGUAAAAGAAAUAUUUAUUCUUUGUAUUGUGAAACUUAAAUAAAAAAAAUAAGCAGCUGUGCCAAAAGGCAUUAUUUUUAAUUAGAAGGGAAUGGUAGAAACAUUUUUCUUGGAAAUAAAAGAGGUUUGUCAAUUGCCACUAUUAAACCCUAUAAUGAUCUGCUCACAUGAACCACUGUGCUAAUAUCUACACAAUUGUUUGUCAACUUCAAUUUAUUUUUACAGAAAAUAUAUUAAGAACAAAUGAUUUUUUUAAAGAUAUAAACAAUAUAUCAUAAAGCACUUGUCUUAAGAAAAUACCAUCAAACUUUGAUAUGUAAUAUUAAGUUAUGU